CAUCAAUGAAUGAGAACCUAAACUAAAGAGAUCUGAGUGAAGUCUUCGCUUGAGCUGGAACAGUGGAAGCCCUCAAACGGACUGGGACAAAAGUCUCUGUGCGGACUACCGCUUCUGACCUUCACAUCAGCAAGACUACCAGAUUUGCAGAAUGGGAGCAGCUCAGUUCGAUCUCAGUAGCGAGUAUUCCGGCAGUAGUGGUAACACUACAGCAGGACCCAGUGCAGCUGGAACAGCUAGAACGGGUAGCGUCAGUGAGUCGGUGGCACAAGGCGAGUUCUAUGAAGAGAGCAAUAGGCAAGAUUACGUGUAUCACGUAGCAGAGAAAUAUGGAGUGCCGGGUUUUGAGACGGAAGUGUUAUGGAGAAGGUUCGUACAGUUAGGUGGUGAUAGGAGAGGUGUGCUGGACGCUAGCAAACUGCACACACUACAAACACGUGACACAAAUCUCCAACUGGUGUUCCGCACAUUGCCACUUCACACACCCACCACUUCAGCCUAUGCUAACAGAGCUAUGGCCAGAUCGGUAACCAUGGAGACAGGAACGGGGUUGUACUCACUCCCGGACGAGUUUUACGUAUUUGAAGACCUGGUGGAAGGCUUGUAUACCUGGAAUCUGCAUGCAAUCCAGCUGCAGACAGGAUCUAUCUUCAAGAUCCUGACAGGACCACACAAGACAGUAUUGGAUAAAGCAAGCAUUGGUGGCUUAGUGCGGCUCUCUGCUGACACGACUCUUUCUCAGAGCGCAAUAGAAGAACGAGUGGAUAUCCUUCUUUCUGCUGCUGACCACAAACAACAAGGCUUCAUCGACCUGGAGGAUUUCACACAAUUCAUCCACUCCAUACCGGAAAUUGAGGCGCUGUUCAAACAGUUAGAGAUAUCACUUGCAAAGGACCGCACCGGCAAAGGUCAGUCAAGAUCUGAAGUUGCUGUGACCCCACUGCCACUGCCACCAUCAGCAACAUCAGUGCAAACACCAUUGCAAACACCAUCGCAAACAAGCAAGACACCAUCAGCAGUAGCACAGCCAAGGCAAAGUGAGAUUGAUGGCCCCCGCCCUUCCCAAGUCACAAGGGCAAGUACCCAGACUCUCCGUACCAAACCGUAAUACACCCAGCAGACACUGACACACUACACAGCAGACACUGCCUCUUCACAUGAUAUCAACUAGCUUUAAACAAACACUCACUCCCCGCACAGCAUCCAUCUCCCCCGACUCGGCAAUCAUUCCAGCACCGCACAGCGUAAACACCGCUCAGACUCGCUCUGGGAAAGCCUCAAGGGAAGGAUCGACCCAAAAGGAACAUUGGAGGUGACAACAACAACACCAGUCAACAAUCGACCAUCAUCCAUCAACUGGAUCUGUUUGUACAUGCUAGCUGCCAUGAGUUGUACAGUUAUGUGCUAUUUCACUGUAGUGUCAUGUGGUAGUGUCACGUGGCAGUGUCAGUGGCAGUGUCACGUGGCAGUAUCACGUGGCAGUGUCACGUGGUAGUGUCACGUGGCAGUGUCACGUGGUGAACAUGAACUACACCUAGCUGUGUUGGAAACAUUGCACACGUGCAAGUACUUAGACCUUGAUCUGUACUACUGUGUGUACAGAAUGAUAAUUAUGGUUUGUACAGUUAUUUGGCGUUACUCCUCGUCGCUGUUUGAACAGUAUUAUGUGAUUUAUUCACAAUAUUGUAGUCCUCGUUUUGCCCCCUUCAUUAUUAUGGUUGUUGUUAACUUCCAGCCGAGUCUCACGCGAAACGUGAAUCUUUUUUUUUAACUUGAUGAAAUUCUACCUACGGUGUGAAAAGCAUGGAUUUCUUAUUACCCCCUGAGGGGGUAGAAGAAUACCGGUAUUUUACUACUCCCUGCUCAUUGCCCUUUAAACAAUCAUUAUCAGUUGCAGGCUCUAAGCAGUGGAGCCAUUAUUCCCUGGUGAGAACAGUACUUGAUGAGAAAGGAAGAAAACCGUUUGAACGAAA